AUGGAACUCAAGUUGUCUCCUGGCGAAUCACGUGGAUACUGGAAAUACCAUACUCCAAACAAGUGGUUCAGGCACGCCAAGGCGGGAGGGAAGAUCAACAAUGAAACGGCUACCCUUUUGUUUGACCCGGGAGCUGGAGUAUCAAUCAUCGACACCACCUUUGCUCGCAAGGUCGACUGUGUCAUAGAUGAGAGUCAGGAGCAAGAAUGCGUGGGUAUCGGAGAAAAUCCAUACAUGACAGAAGGCCGCACAAAGGUGAAGAUCACGCUGAAUGGCUCUUUGAUGUAA